UUAAGGCGGGCAGUAGAAGUUCCUUGGCCAUUUGUGGAAGGAGUCAGGCUAGUGUCCUAGCCUCUGCAUUUUGGUUUAUCUGACUGGAAAAGCCCGUGUGUGCAACAGCUGCCCUCCUGGGGAUAUGAAACUGAAGCUUCAGCCCUUCCAUCUGCUCGUUUGGCUGCUGUGUGUCUUGCUGGUGGUUCUGAGCUGCUUUAGGGAGGUGAGGUGAGGCGAGGCACCUUGAGCAGCUUAAGUGGCCACCCAAUCAAGGGCUAAAUUUGGUGGCCGCUAGUAGCGGAGCAAUACUAGAAGACAAUCUUCUCGGGGAGCAUCUGCCCUGGGCCUUCAGCUUUCCCAAGGAAUGCUGUCUCGGAAGGAACUGCUGCUCCCAAGAUGAACUGCUUCUUCCUAUCGGCUGCCAUCUGGAGGUAUCGCUCCUGGCUGCUGGCUGCCAUCUUCCUCCUCUUGCUGCUGCUGCAGCUCAAGCAGCAGACCAAACAAGAAGUACUGUGGCUCAGUCCUUCGGAGGAGCUAUGGAGACCGCAAUGGAGGAGCACUUCCACCCGUUCUUUGGCUGCUCAGCAGGUGCUAGGAAAGACUGGCUCAGAGGAACAGGGUGGCCCCAACAUAGUCUUUCUGAAGAUCCACAAAACUGGCAGCAGUACAGUGCAAAAUAUCCUCUUUCGAGCUGGUGAGCGGCGCAACCUGACUGUGGCCUUCCCCCUCUUCUCCUACCAGUUUGCCUAUCCAGAGCGCUUCUCAAGGGUCUUUAUGGAGGACCUCCCACAGGGGGCUUCCCACUUCAACCUGCUCUGCAGCCACAUGAGGCUGGAUGUUGGAGAAGUGCAGGCUGUCAUGCCUCCUCACAGCAUCUUCCUCACCAUCCUACGUGACCCAGUGCAGACUUUUGAAUCGGUCUUUCAUUACUACCGCAACAUGGUGCCUGCCUUCCAGCCAUUGUCCAACCACUCUAAGCCACUGCUUGCUUUCCUUGAGGCCUCGGCUCAGUACUAUGAUGCUCAGGACACCAGCAACGGGCUGGCCAAGAACCCCAUGGCCUUUGACCUGGGCCUCAAUGCAAGCUGGGAAGAAGCCCCAAGGAGCCAAUGGGCUGGUGAGCUCGAAAGACUCAAUCGGACCUUUCAGCUGGUGAUGAUUGCCGAGCAUUUUGACGAGUCCCUGCUCCUGGUACGAGAGCUGUUAGGUCUGGAGAUGGAAGAGCUGGUAUAUGUCAAGCUAAAUGUCCGCCAGGAGAGAACACUUCUGUCCAAAGGGCUUGCCCAGAAGAUUCAGGCUUGGAACUCAUUGGAUGUACAGCUCUACAGGUUUUUCCACAGUGUUUUCUGGCACAAGAUAGAGCACUAUGGCUACAUGCGCAUGAAGCGGGAGUUGGAUACCUUCCGGGCACUGCAGCGGGAAACUGUGGCUAGGUGCCUAGCAGGGGAUAGGGUUGGGCCAGCGGACAUGGCUGAUGAGCUGCGGCCUUGGCAGCCAGGCAGUGUCACCAUUCUAGGCUACAGCCUCAGGAAGAACCUUACCUAUGCCCAAUACAAGAGCUGCUUCCGUAUAGUUUUACCUGAGCUCCAGUAUCAUGCUUACCUCUACUACAGGCAAUAUAGAAGGAACAUGCAUCUGCUCCCCACUACCUAGAGGUGAGGCAGAGUUGUUAGCUAUUCCUUGAGGGAGCUGUAGCCCAAUCCUUCCUGCCUCCAUUCCUUUGACCGCAGAUGCCUGAGCACAUGGAAUACAUUGGCGUGUCAUAGGUUAUGGAGCAAGAAGAGUGGGAAAGUCAGAUUAGAAGUCCUUUUUGUCUCCUCUCACAUUAAGAAUUCAAGAUGGGCCAGUCAAAAGAAGGAGGCAAUUUCUCACAUUACACAUGGUGUAAGGAGAUAAUGAGGCUUUUAUUCCAGGGGUUGCCAGGAGGUAGCCAAGCAAACAUCUGCCUCUUCAAUGGCUCUGCCUACUGUAGCACAAAAUGAACAGAUUGUUAACCCCAGCAGACAGGUGGGCAGGGUGUGUGACAAGGCCAGAUCUGCAGAAGUAGUGGCUGCAUCAUUGUUCACUCAGUGCAUAAUUAAUCUAUAAAGUGUAUUGCCUCAGACUAUGAUGGACACCAGCUUUGAUACCUUUAAAAAGGGCUUAACCAAAUUAAAGUCUAUCAGUGGUUGCUAAUUUUGGCAGGUAGCCUAUAGACUAUCUCCAGGUUCAGAGACAGGACACCUCUGUCUACCCAUUGCAGGAGACAGAGG